AUGGCCGACGCAACCCUCUUCGACGACACCUUCACCCUCACAACCCUCAACAACCAAAAAUACGACCGUGUAUCCCGCGUAACUGGCACGUCCACCGACUCAUCCACCCUCCUCUCCCUCGACAUCAACCAUGAAAUCUAUCCCGUCAGCGUUGGCGACAGUCUCCAAGUUGUCCUGGCAAGCACGUUGAACUUGGACGGCACGAAAGAGGAUGUUAGUAAAGGGUGGAGGGAAAAGGGGAGUGAGGAGAAUUCUUUGGCGGAUAUGUUUGAUUAUGUUUGUUGGGGCAAGGUUUACAGAUUUGAAGAGGGGGAGGGGGAGAACAUCAAGGUCUACGUCUCUUUUGGAGGACUUCUUCUGUACCUUGAGGGUCCUUACAAGAAGCUCACUCCUCUGCGUAUCGACUACGUCUACCUCUUGAUCAAGAAAUGA